GAAGCGUCCGCCUGAUCACGUGAUAGGGGAGGGGCGCCGGCGUCCAAGAUGGCGGUGUGCAUCGCCGUGAUCGCCAAGGAGAACUAUCCCCUGUACAUCCGAAGCAUCCCAACAGAAAAUGAACUGAAGUUCCAUUAUACAGUGCACACUUCCCUGGAUGUUGUGGAUGAAAAGAUCUCUGCCAUGGGGAAGGCCCUUGUGGAUCAGAGAGAGCUCUAUCUGGGACUUCUGUACCCAACAGAAGACUACAAAGUAUAUGGCUACGUGACAAAUUCCAAGGUGAAGUUUGUUAUGGUGGUAGAUUCUUCAAACACAGCACUUCGAGACAAUGAGAUCCGCAGCAUGUUCCGAAAGCUGCAUAAUUCAUACACAGAUGUAAUGUGCAACCCCUUUUAUAACCCUGGGGACUGCAUUCAUUCCAGGGCCUUUGAUAAUAUGGUGACCUCCAUGAUGAUGCAGGUGUGCUGAAGCUCCAGCUAUUCUCUUUGAGUUUGAGAACAUUCUCCAUUGUACAGAAGUGUAUCUAGGAAGCUGUGUGUAUAUAUAGUCUUUAAACUUGUUCUGUGUAAAAUAAACCUACUGCUGUUUGGA